AUGGUUGACAUAGCGCGUCGUCGAGUCAUCUCGGCCAGUCCAUCUUCUCCUGCUUUCAAGAACUCACCUCCCUUUAAAGAGCUGGGUUGUUUCGACGAAGAAUCAUGUCGAUACUUCCUUCGUGAAGUUGGAUCUCGGGUUGUCCCAUUCUAUCCUUUCAACUUUGGUAUGGAAGAGGUAUACAGCUUGAUCCUCGAGAGGUUCGGAUAUCCUGGGAUCCCAGAUGCCACCAGUCUCCUCCAAGAACUGCUAGAGAAGGAAGAUGUUGCAGGCGGCUUUGGAGAUGAUGGUGAUAUUUGGCGCUCCUGGCGUCAUAGCUGGAGACACCGAAAUGAUGACUCUCUCAAUCCUUUCAUCCCCAAAAUCGGCAACUUCGUUCUUCAGGCGCCAACCGAGCCUCAUAUUCGUCGCAUCAAAGCACAGAACUUCAUCCUUCAGUGCGAAGAGGCCAGUGCCCAAGCCGAGAAAGCAGCACUGGCGGCAACAUCCGGCACCGAAGACCAAGCACAGUCUCCAGAAGCAGGUAUUAGCCAGCCGGUGGAGAUUGACGACGCCGAAGACGAAUAUACUUUGCCAGCUACAACCUUUUCUCAUCAGAGAACCCGAACUCUGCUGGCGUCGGGAGUUCCAUUGACCUUAGAUGUGUUUGGCAGAGCAGAGCGGCCCAGCAGUCGCCGAACUUCGACGUCUUCUGAAGCAUCAUCCCAGCAGGAGUUCAUUGAGGUAGACCGGUCAAACCUGGAUCCCGAUGUCGAUCCCUCGCUCUUGGUUUCUUUCGAAAUGCUCACAAAUGACCCGUCAUCUCCCACCGGCUAUGGACCCAGCCUGAGAGGUGGGCAAGCAGAAGUCAUUACGCUGCAACAAGUCCGUUCCCCGACCACGCCGACGACCACUGAUGAGCAUGAUGACACUGACGACACUGAUGACCAGGUCAGCCCGUCAGUGGGCGACCCUGGUCCAGCAGUGCUUGCAACGCCCGAGGCAGAGACUGCCAAUGUCGAACCCCCGUCAAGUGACAUUGCCACUCCCGAACGCGCGGCCGCAGAUGUUACCACAGUGGAAAAUGAAGUUCCUGCUUCUCUAGACCAAGACGAGUCAGCAGAUGACGAGCCGGAAUCCGCAGAGCAUGCCAGACCUUCUGGUAGAGCUAAUAAGGGACAGCAGCUCACGUUGAGUAUGAGGACGCGAGCGAUGAAUCGAGAAUUCCGCCUGAUUGAUGGAACGAUCUUUCAUCCAGGAGCACGCAAGAGAGUGUCAUCACAUAGUAGCCCUGGCCAGGUUGGCACGGGCAAUGUCGAGAGUAGACGAGCCUCCAUUGUCCGGCGCAGCUGGACGCCAGUGCUGCAGAAAAUCGAGUCACGCCAGAGCUGGUUGAGAAACACGGCCAGCAGUGUGUUAACUCUCUUCCGCCGCAACAGCCAAGACAAGAAGGCCAAACAAUCCUCGCGGAACUUGAAAACAACCAACUCAGCCCAAGCUGCAGCCCAGCAGCAUUCAGCUCCUUCUACCGUUCAUACCACAGUCACCAAGCCAUCUACUACUGAACCUGCUACCCCCCAUUCAUCAAACUCUCAUACCUCUACCACUCCUCCCUCAAUCUCUCAUCUCCCUACGACUGCAGCCGCUGCCGAAGACAGUUCCUCGAUGCCUGAGCAACGCCGCCCUGCCAACGCCUUUGGACUUGACGGAGUUCUGGAACCAGCAGAAUCCGUAGUCCAGCGCUCAGAUCUCUCUAUCUCGAUUCCCUCUACUAAUCCUCCUUCUACCGUCCGUCAGACCGCCUCCUCCCAUUCAUCGACCCAGCAGACGGCACCAAACUCUCAAUUGAGGACAACUUAUCGUCAUCCUGCUUACUUAUUCGGACUUGACGGUGCCUCUGAUUCGGUUGAAGCCUCAAACCAUUGUUCGGCCUUUUCAUCCUCCAGCUCAUCCACGUCUCAUUCGUCCAUUACUCAGUCUCACUCGACUGCUCCAACCAGUUCUCAUUCUUUCGUUGGAGAGACUCUUACAAACACUCAAUUAAAAUACACGCAACGCGAUCGUGCCUGCGUCCCUGAGUCGACGGUGCCUUUGCACUUGUCUUUGCGGUCAUAA